AUGCCACAUAUCAGUGCCCAUCUGAGCUGCCUUUCAGUGUGACCCAUCAGUGCCAGUCAGUGCCACCUAUCAAUGCCAGUCAGUGCCACCUAUCAGUGCUGCCAAUCAGUGCCACCUUUAAGUGCCAGACAGUGUCGCCUAUCAGUUGCCGCCUAUCAGUGCCUAUCAGUGCCGGUCAGUGCUGCCUAUCAGUGCCGCCUAACAGUGCCAGUCAGUGCCGCCUAACAGUGCCAGUCAGUGCCGCCUAACAGUGCCAGUCAGUGCCAGUGCCGCCUAUCGGUGCCAUAUAUGAGUGCUGCCUUUCAGUGCCCAUUAGUGAUGCCU